CUGAGUCAAAUAUGACCCUAUGUGCCAGAAGAUGUUAAAGUGAAUCAAGCAUGAGCUACCCACAUCUUUCACUUAACGACUCCCAGCCCAGUGCUGGGUGUCUGACCUCAGACAGAACAGAAGACACUACAGCAAUGAAAAAUGUUGCGGAACAACUUGAAAACAGACUAAGUAUUUAUGAUUUAAUGAAAAUGCAAGAGAUUUUUAUGUCUCCAGGUUUAAAUGGAAGAGUGGUCAUGACUAGAGAAGAGUUCACAGAGCAGAUUUGUGCAGUGAUCAGACCAAGUACUAAAGAAGAAUUUGGUGAGAUGUUUGAUAAGAUAGAUGUGACCCGAGAUGGUAUCAUUGACUGGGACAAAGUGACCUCUUUCAUGCUCUUAGACCUUAAUGAGAAGGAUGAACGAACGAGAUCAUCAGUCAUCCCCCAGUGGAAGAAUCUCCGACUUCUUUCGCCCAUCCACAAAGAUAUUAUUCAAAAUGUAACUUUUUUGAAAGGCUCCAGCUGUUACCUGACUGUAAGUAGAAAUGGAUUGCUGGGAGUCUGGGGAGAAAACUUAAAGCUACAGAGAACUCUGCAGAUUACUACAGAAGCUGUCAAACUGAAAGAUCUGUGGGUAACAACGCUGGUCUCGCUAGCAAAUGUAAACAAGAUAGCUAUUGCUUUUACAAGUAAAGAGAUCUGCUUUUAUGAUCUGAAUUCCAAGCAAGGGUUGUCUUGUCAGUACAGGCUGCAUGGUCUCCGGGGAACAGUGAUAUGUAUGGACUAUUGGUAUAACCCUCAUGAUGGAAAUGAAGCUAUUCUAACAUUGGGGGAUGUCUCUGGACAGGUUCAAGCCAUUUCCUUUACCACUGCUCUGAUCUCUUUGUUUGAACGACCUGCUAGCUCCCCUGAAGGUGAAGAAGCAACAGUGACCAUUAGUUGGCAGGAGCUGGUCUCUGGGUAUCACAAAUGCUGUUAUACGUUAAAGCACAAACUUCAUUAUAAAGACUGGAUCAAGCAAGUUGCAUACAGCUCUUCCUUUGAUGCCUUUAUUUCCAGUACAACCAGUAAUGUUAACACAUUGGUGCUGGCUUGGAGAGAAAAAUUAAAGCCUCAUCUGAAAACUACAUCCUUCGACAUUGCCCGGGGAAUUAAUGCUUUUGACUUCCACUCUCGACUCAACUUAAUUGCUACUGCUGGCAUCAAUCACCGAGUUUGCCUCUGGAACCCCUACGUCACCUCGAAACCUGCUGGAGUUCUUCAAGGCCAUUCAGCCAGUGUAAUAGCUGUUCAGUUCAUUACUGAACGAAAACAGCUUUUCAGCUUCUCAAAGGACAAGGUGUUAAGGCUCUGGGAUAUUCAGCAUCAGCUGUGCAUCCAGAGGAUAGCGGGCUCAUUUCCAAAGAGUCUGGACUUCCAAUCCACCCUUUAUUUUAAUGAAGCUCACGGACGGCUUUUUAUCUCAUUUAAUAACCAGCUGAUGUUGUUGGAAAUGAAGCAGGAAACCGGCAGAAAGGUCACAAGUCAUGGGAAAGCAGUUACUUGUGUUCUUUACAAUUCAGUCUUUAAGCAGGUAAUCAGCUCAGAUGCAGGAUCUACCGUUACCUUCUGGCUGAUAGACACUGGGCAGAAAAUCAAACAGUUUACUGGUUGCCAUGGCAAUGCUGAGAUCAGCACUAUGACACUGGAUGCAACUGAGACAAGGCUCUUAACUGGGAGCACAGAUGGAACAGUAAAGAUUUGGGAUUUGAAUGGACACUGUCACCAUAAACUCAAUGUUGGAAGAGACCGAGCAGUUGACAUUUCCCAGAUCAUGGUACUAAAGAGGACUAUCUUAGUUACAGGCUGGGACAGAAUAAUUACUGUCUUCCGACUGAGCAACUUGACUCAGUUUUUUGUUCUGCCUGCAGAAUGGAAAGGAGGAAUACAGCAUCAAGAUGACAUCCUAUGUGCUGCGUUUUUACCUCCACAUACUCUAGUUACAGGGAGUUGUGGUGGUGAAAUUGUUGUCUGGAAUAACAGUACAGAAAAUGCCUACCUUAAAAUUUACCUGGAUCCCCAAAAAUCUCUGAAAUCCAAAUCGGAUACUCUGUUACUACAACAGCAACUUAGUUCUGCUCGAAGAACGUCCUCUAGAAGACAUACGAUGUCUGUAGCUGACUUCUAUGACACUGAGUGCAACAAUGCUAUUACUAAGCUUCUAUUCCUAGAAGCUAGAAAGAAUAUUUCAGUGACAGGUGGAGCAAACUUAGUGUCAUGUGGAGGUGCUGGCUAUGUUAGGUUUUGGAAUACCUUGAAAAGCCAGCUCGUGGCAGAGUUUGAAGCCCACAGUAGAGCUGGAUCCAUUAUCAUGACCAUUGAUAAAAUGAGUCAGUACCUCAUAACGGGGGAUCUAGCUGGAUGGGUGAAAAUAUGGAAUAUACAGGACUACUGCCUUGGUUCCAGUGAGAACAAGGUAACCCAGCCACCUCCCCUGAUAAGAUCGUUUCAGCCACACGAUGACUGUGUUACUUAUCUGGAGACCUGUGUGCGAAGCAGUUGCCUGCUCAUCCUCUCCUCCUCUUCAGACUGCAGUGUUGUUCUUAGUGAUGUGUAUGGUACAACAAUUGGAAUAUUUGGCCAGGAAGAGCACUGGCGAAUUGAAAAUGCUCCUUCCCACCCCAAAGGAGAGCAAAAUCAAGAUGAAAAUGUGGGCCAAAGGGAAGAAAAGGAUGACGUUCUAAAGAAAAAAGAAGCCCCUGUUCUUGGAGGAGAGCCAUCUCCUAAACCCCCGGAACAAGCUAUACUUGGUAUGGAAGACAAAGAGGAAUCUGUAAACAUGAUCAGUCCAUGGGAAAACACGAUAUUGGGUAAAAAAUACAAAGAAAGCAAAAUCCAGAAAGGAAAGAAACAUAAGUUCUUCAAUGGGAAGACCAUGCAAAACUCCACUGGAACUUUUAGGUCAUUAAAUAUUGGAGCCCUCGAGGCAGUUGUUGAAAUGAACAAGCCUGACUUUGUUCUAAACCCUGACAAAUACUUUGGGGAAAUGACUGAGGAGAAGUGCCCUGAAAAUCUGAAGCUCCCUACGCCUUCAGAAACAUUGAAAGCUAUAUUUGAUGAGAAGAGCCUGUUCCCAAAAGAAAUUCUGGAUCGUGAACAAAAAACAAGGCAACUGUGUGAGCAAAUGUGCAACGAAGGCAAGAUGAAAAGAAAUAAGAAGCAAGCAAAGAUGAAAGAAAAAUAAACCUUCCUGUUGUUACAAAGAAGAGCUGAUUUUGAUCACCUUGGCAACAUGGAAAUAAAUGUCAGUGAACAAUUGCACCAAUAAGUCAAGCACAGGCGUACAAAACAAUUAAACUACAGACCUUGAAUGUGAAGAAUAAAUUUCAAGAAUACUUUUAUAGCUAGAAGAAUUGUUACUCCUGUUUUUGAGUGUUUGUAAACUUUAUUUUGUUCCUGAGUGUAAAUUUAUUUCUAAAGAGAAGCAGUGUGUUAAAAAAUUCCACUUUUCUGUCUGACAAUUAUUUACUUACUGUAGCAAGUAGUGCCUAAGAUCAAUUUAACUGUACUGUAACAUUGCCUACAUGUUGUUUAUACAGCAUCGUAAAUGUGUAUGGCGUUUUAUAAAAUAUGAAAAAAUUACCCGCAGCCAUUUCACAUAUUCCACAUUAUUAUUAUUAUGACUUGCUGUGUUUUUAUGGUUAUGCUCACUAUGUGCUUGGUGCUUUCCAAACACUGAAACAUGAUCUCUGCUCUGAGGAGCUUACAGUGUAAGGAUAGACAAGUGCACGGAGGUUAGGGAAAAGGAAACGUGUGAAAGAUAUGCAUUUUCCUGCAAUAUCCUUGGGAGACCUUAUUGGUUUAAGUAUCUUUGGGGUCCAUUGUAUUAAUGACUGUAUGAAUGGUUUGUUUUAUUGUGGGCUGGGAUUGUAUGUAACCCCUCGGGGGAGAGGGGAUGUGAUGUGAGACCUGGGUGUUCAAAGGACUAUAUUGAACAAUGUACCACACAAGAAUGCACUUUUGGGACGAAGUGUGUUAAGUGGUUUCCCUGGGGAAUCUGUAGGGGGUGGUGAAUGCAAAUUCCCCACCUCCAAUUACGCCGAAACUCAGCCCUUUGAAGCUGUGCCUUCAAGGAUGGGCCAUUGUCUGCUGAUUACUUGUUACAAGAGAUCAAGAUCAAAGACCCAAGCUGUAUAAAGGAAAGACAGAGCUAUUCAUUGUAGCUUUGAAUCUGAGACAGUUAUGAACUUGUAACCAUGGGGGAAACCCAGUUGUGGGUUUUGAACCACUGAUACCUAUCAGAGAACUAGAUUGGAGUUGGGGGGGUAAUCUCUGGUAAACUUUUUGUAUGCGUGUAGGUUCUUUUAUUGUUUCCAUAUGUUUUCUUUAUAAUGCUCACACCUUAAGAAUAAAUGUGCUUGCU